AUGAAGAUCGAACUUAGCCCGGAGGUAGAUGCUGAGCUUAGGUUCAACCUAAUCAAAGAGAUUAACAGACUAUAUGGGAAACCAGAGGGGGAAGCAGCGGAUAUUGCCGAGUACUUGAUCUACUGCAUCACCGAGGGCAAGAAGCACGAAGACAUUGUGCAAGAAGUGCAAGAAAUCGCAGGGAUACCGAUUGAUCUGCAUUUCAUCAACGAGAUAUAUGUCGAGAUUGACAAGAUUCUGAAUCAGCGAAAUCCGCCAGCAGCAGCAGCAGCAGCAGCAGCUCCAGCAUCGGCGUUUCCACAGGCGAGACUGGAGAUGGAGGGUACCGGUAGAGACACGGUGAGUGAUGCAUUUCAUCGAGAUUCAUCAUCUAAUACUACUGUUGGUGCUGGUGGUGCUGCUGCACCAAACUCGACUACGGUCGUUAAUGACAGGAGUAGCUAUGCUCCUACUGCACCAAAACAAUUAACCGACGAAGAAAAACUUUCGUUGAGAAGAAAAAGAUUUGGAGACUCGGCCACGGGUCCUAGUCGUGCAUCCACUACAGCUCGAUCUUCCAUGUCGGCGUCGGCGGGACGCUCGAUAGACAACCGCGUGUCGAAACUACCACCACAUUCGUCGUCGUCUUUCUCAUCAUCGUCUUUCUCAUCUUCUUCUGGUGCUUCUUCCCGUCCCAGCGGGCCUAGCAGUGGCCACGCACCGCCACGAGCACUGGCUGGAAUUUCAAAGACGAGAACCUCAGAUCGAAACCAUGCCCCUAGAGCUCCUCAAAUCACGCAGCGGUUGGAAAACUUUGUCAAGGGCGGACAACAGGAUUCUGGCGUCUCGAGAAUUGUUGCCGCAAAGCGCACUGGAAGAUGCCCCGAUGCCCCCAACUGCAAGAAUAGAGAAUGCGAAAACUACCAUCCGACCAAGGAGUGCUUUGCCUUUCCCAAUUGCAACAAUCCUCCUGGAACAUGCAAAUAUUUACACCCCGGUGAGGAUGAUGAGUUGAUGAAAAAAUUGCAAGAACGACAAAAGGAAUACGAAAAGAACAAACUCAACUAUUUGGCCGUACAGCAGGGGGCAUGCAAGUUUGGUCCUACGUGCGCCAAGGACAACUGUCCGUAUGCGCACCCAACCCCUGCAAACCCUCAGGCUAGAAUACGUACUUUGGAGUGGUGCUCGGCUGGUAAAGAUUGCGUUGAUGAAACGUGUGACAAGUCGCAUCCUCGGUCACCAAAUGUUGAAGCUAAAAACAUCCCCUCGGCCGCGUCUUUGGCCUUGGAGCAGUGCAAAUUUGGAAUGCAAUGUACAAACGCUAGAUGCCCCAGACGACAUGCUACAUCCGCAGUGCAAUGCAGAAACGGGGCACUUUGCACCAGACCCGAUUGCACUUUUGCCCACCCUAUCAAUGAAGAGUGUCGCUUUGGAGUCAAUUGCACUGCUCAAUUUUGUCUAUUCCAACAUCCACCAGAGAGACAAAUACAAUCGAGUACUUGGACAAGCGGACCUUCUAACCAAGCUACAGUUACCAAUCGCCAAUUUGCCGUUGGCGAUGAUCAAGUUGUAGAACAAAUUGUUCAACAAUAA